GUGCUGUCAAAGUAAUCUUACCUAAUUAUUUUUGGUUCAUUUUAACGUUCUUUUCAAUCGAAUAUCGAGUGAGAGAGGGUUAUUCUAUGUCAGCGUAAUGUGAGGAAAGAUAAGAAAUAUAGCAAUUAUUAUCUCAAGGAAUUUGAUUUAUAUCCAGGAAAAAUAACAAAAAUGAAAAUUUGGACGUCAGAACACACUUUCAACCACCCUUGGGAGACUGUAGCUCAAGCAGCAUGGCGAAAGUAUCCCAAUCCCAUGAAUCCAGCUGUCAUAGGAACUGAUGUUGUGGAAAGAAGAGUAGUGGAUGGUGUAUUACACACUCAUCGACUUGUUAGCUCCAAAUGGUUUUUCCCAAAAUGGGCUCAAGCGCUUAUAGGGACUGCUAAAAUAUGUUAUGCUAGUGAAAAAUCAGAGGUAGAUCCAACAAUACGAAAGAUGACCCUCAAAACUACAAACUUAUCUUUUUGUCGAUAUAUAGCUGUUGAUGAAACAGUCAGAUAUACACCUGACCCAACAGAUCCUUCCAAAACACUACUUAAACAAGAGGCUGUUGUAACUGUUCAAGGAGUGCCUCUUAGCAGUUACAUGGAAGAUUUGUUGACAAACAAGAUUUCUUUGAAUGCUGGCAAAGGCAGGCAAGCGAUUGAAUGGGUUAUAGGAAAGAUAGACUCUGAAAUUAAAGAACUUGCUACAUCAGCUUGCAAAAGCACAGAUGAAUUGCUAACGCAGACAAAGAAAUCUAUAGAUGGCAUCACUUCUACUGCCCGAAGAUCAAUGGAUGAUAUUUCGACAAAAGCAAAGAGAUCAUUGGAUGACAUAGAGAAAUUCACCAAAUCCAAUGCAAAUCAACGAAGCUGAAAAGAGGAGUGACUUCUGUGUUAAGUCUCAUGACAAUGUGUUGUCCUGGACAAAAUGUCAUCCCAUACUGUAUUACCUGAAUUGCUGUACUUUUUAAUGUGAGAAAUGUAAUAUUUAAUAGUUUAUUUAUAAUUAUUGUUAGCACAAUUGGUUUUUUUACAAUGUUUGUUAGAAUGGUGUAAUGAUGUUGUUUGAAAGUGUCCUGAAUUAUUAUGUAUAUCACAUGAUUCAAAUCAUCAUCAUUUUAACUAGCUACCCAAAAGAACACAAAAGCACCCAAUUAUAUAAAGAUG